AUGGCAUUCCGCGUCGCCAUCCUCGCAAAUUUCGACCCGGACGAACCAGGUGGGAGCGAAAUGUUAUCCAGAAUCACCACUCUCCUCCGCUUCUCCCGAACAGGUGCUACUGAGAUCACUGUCCACGCCGCCAUCCGCGGCGAUGCCUUCCCGGAUCCGUCCGAGUACGAUCUAGUGAUUUUGACAGGAGGACCAUUCAAUCUGUUGAAAUACACCGAGGAGAAUGAGAGACCGGAGUGGUAA